GUGCCAUCCUUUCGAACAUCCAUUUCGAUAUCAUUCUUGACUGGAUAGCUCGACUUUCGACGUUGAGAAUCUGCUAAACUAAUCGUGUAUGAUGCUUACAAGAUCUUUUUAGGAGGGUUAUUCAUUUGAGUCCUCUGAAAAUGCAGAAUAAUUACUGGGGACUGAAAGCUGGCUGCUUGUUAUACUGCGACAUUUCGGUGAGUCAUGCAAAAAACGCUUUGAGUCAUGGAUAUGCCCUGGAGCUUUGUUGGAAUACGCACGUGCUAUAGGACGAUUGAUCCUGAUCAUCUAGACGGUCACCCCAGAGCCGAAUUGAUACUUUUCUUGACCACCUUCGCUUGGGCCGCCGUCUGGUUGGGCUAGCAUGAUAUUUAAUUCUCACUGCGAUCUACCGCUUAUGGAAAGCCGUACUCGGUUUUGCGCCUCGACCAUGCGAGUCGCGACACGAUACAUCUCUGGACUACACUGCCUGCCUCAAUAACAGACUCGUGCAAGGAAUCCUACGACAAUCCUGAACAUGGAAUACGCUUGUUUUCCGCAAACAAUCCUCGGCAAAACAGUGAUAAAUACGUCCGCCGGCGCAUUGUGCCACUUCUUUAGUAUCAAAGCCAAAGGCCAAAGGGACAAAUGGCUAUUUGUUUAAAGGCGCCCAUCCAGCUACCCUACCUUCUUCCCCUCUACCCCUUAGUGUCUACGACUGGCUCGUACUCACGCGUGUCCGACGCGCCACUUUUGAGUCAAAUUGGCUUCCUUGUGUUUACUGUCGCCAUGUAUUCGCCUAUUGCCGCAUCUUCCGUGCCAAAUGGUCCUGGUUCUGUUCUUCGACCAGUGCAGCCCGUACCCUAUACGAGCCUUAGACUUCCACAGCCCGAGGAUUUCCUUCCGGAAAGUCGUGAUGCCACUCUUCAGAGGCAUCGUCUACGUAUGCAAGGAGUUGAGCAAUACCUCAAGAGGCAUCCUGACAACCCUCUACGAGAGGUUGUCACCCCUACGCCACCUCUCUUCGACACCUUCCUGCAUAUCAGUGCGAUGAGAUCUUUACAGUCAUUCACUCAGGAAGCCUUUGGUGUAGUCCGGACUCCUACUUCCGCUCCCCCGUCGCCCCUGUCGCGGUCACCUUCAGUCCCUUCAUCAACCCCGACCAUGACAAGUACCUCGAGCGUGAGUAUUUCCCCUGCUCCUCAAACCCCACCUCCCAAAAAAAUCAAGCUCAGCUCCGAUAUUCGCCCAAAAAUGAACCAAAGGCCCAUCGUGCAGCAACUCAUACCAGACGAACAUGGAUGCCACAUUGGCACUUGCGGGUUCAAGUUCUCUGUCAGAACUAGCAGAUGUCUCUCUCGUCAUAUCCGACAAGAACAUUUCCGCGGCGUACAUGGCAGAAAACAUGUUGUUUGCGGAUGGGUCAAUGAGGCUACCGGAAUGACCUGUGCGGAGAACCUGACUCUUGCGAAUAUGUUUGCGCAUGUCACUCGAUGCCAUGUACCUCUCACAUGGAAGUUCUCGUGCCCGCUCUGUGACCAUCAGUCGGAGUAUUCGGAAACAUAUUUUGCUGAGCAUAUUCGAAACAAACAUAUGGAACAGUGCUGAUGAUC